AUGUCUACUAUUCUCGUCACGGGAGGAAAUCGAGGCAUCGGCUUCGGCAUCGUCCAGGCCCUCGCACAACGGAUUCCUUCUUCCACUAUCAUCUUGGCCUGCAGAAACCUUGCAACUGGCCAUGAGGCAAUCGAUCAGUUGCGAGGACAGGGCAUCUCAUCUAAGUUAGAUGCAAUUCAGCUUGACAUUGAAGAUAUCCAGAGCAUCACGACAGCAGUCGAGGCUGUGAACGAUAAAUAUGGAAAGCUGGAUGUGCUCAUCAACAAUGCUGCGAGCCUUCAGUUGCCCAAAACUCAGGAUCUCGCCGAGCUGAGAGAUUGCUCCAACAUCAACUUCAACCGCUGUGUCACAUCCAACAUCCUUGUGACUAAGGCGUUUGUCCCUCUUCUUAGGAAGAGCUCCUGGCCGAGAGUCAUCAUGAACUCCAGCGCCAGAGGCAGUCUCGGUCGCACAGCAAGCAGAGAGCUUCCGCCCGUGGCUCUGAUCGACUAUUGCGUGUGCAAGGCCGCGCUUAACAUGCUGACGCUGCAUUAUCAGAUAAACGAGGACAACUACAAGGACAGUGGGGAAAAGAUCACCUUCUGGAGCGUCAGCCCUGGCCAUACAAAGACGGCCUUCAACAACUAUCAGGGGAAGAAGGAUCCCGUGGACAGUGCCGAGGCAUUCGUACGCCUGCUGGAAUCUGAAAAGGGCGCCAUCGACCCGGGGACUUUUUGGGAGUACGAAGCAGGCAAGUUUCAAGUCGUGCCCUGGUAA